CUGAUUGGUCGCUGAUUAAUCUUCUGGGCGGAGUCAGGGAACACCAACGUGAUGUGGCGGCGCGCGUGCAGUUUUCAAUAGAGAUUAUAAAGUAAUGUUUGUGUUAUACUGGGAUUAUAACUUCUGGAAUUACUAAACAGAGUUUCCAGAUUGUGUCCUUCAAAUAGAGGCUGUGUAGAUGAAUGAUCUAAAGGAGUGAAAGUCUUGGACUCGAGCAAGAAACUUAAACCUAAUGGCUUUAGAGCUUCGGAAAUGGAAAAAGUCCAACGAAACCCUGAAAACGAGCCAGCUCCAUCCAAACAGGGACUGACGCGUUGCGUACUCAGUGCAGCGUUUUUCGGAGCUCUUGGCUCCUCCUUCCUGUAUGGCUACAACCUGUCUGUGGUCAACGCCCCCUCCAAGUAUAUAAAGGCGUUUUAUAACUUGACAUGGACGACGCGCUACAUCGAGUCACCAACAGUGGACACUCUCACCUUGCUCUGGUCCAUCACUGUGUCCAUAUUUGCGGUUGGAGGCCUGAUGGGGGCGCUCACUGUCCCCUUCCUUAUUAAAAUACUGGGCAGGAAAGGCACUCUGCUGGCCAAUAACAUAUUGGCCGUUAUCUCCGCUCUAUUAAUGGCUCUGGGUGAGAAAGCAGGGUCAUUUGAGAUGCUCAUCAUUGGCCGCUUCAUUGUUGGCAUGGAUUCAGGUGUGGCUCUCAGCGCCUUGCCGAUGUAUCUGGGCGAAAUCUCACCACGACAGUACCGCGGCUCCAUCGGUCAGUUUAACGCCGUCUUCAUCUGUCUUGGAGUUUUCACCGGACAGCUGUUCGGCCUUCCCGAGAUAUUCGGCCAUGUGGACAGAUGGAACUUCCUGUUUGCGUUCAUCGCCGUUCCUGCCAUUCUGCAAUUGUGCGUUUUGCCAUUUUUGCCGGAGAGUCCACGAUUCCUUCUGAUGGAGCGCAGAGAUGAAGCUCGAGCUGAAAAAGCAUUCCAGUCAUUUUUGGGGAAGAAGGAUGUGAGUGCUGAAUUGGAGGAGGUGUAUGGCGAGAUUAGAGUGCAGAACACUCAGCAGUCUGUGUCUUUCUUCCGUCUGUUCCGUAAUCCUUCCAUCCGCUGGCAGCUCAUCACUGUCAUCACUAUCAUGAGCAGCUACCAGCUGUGUGGCCUCAAUGUUAUCUGGUAUUACACUAAUGGGAUAUUCGAAGGUGCAGGAUUUGACAAGAGCACAAUUCCUUACGUCACGCUCAGCACGGGAUUCAUCGAGACGCUGGCAGCCAUCGUGUCGGGUUUGGUGAUCGAGCGUGUUGGAAGGAAACUGUUGCUGAUUUUCGGCUUCUCGGCGAUGGCCAUGUGUUACAGCCUCCUCACCGUCUUCUUAAACUUCCAGGAUAGUUAUUCAUGGAUGCCAUAUAUGAGCUUCAUCUCCAUAUUAGCCCUGAUUGCUUCUUUUUGUUCUGGCCCAGGUGGUAUUCCCUUCAUUCUGACUGGUGAGUUGUUUGAGCAAGCGAAUCGUCCCGCCGCAUUUCUGGUCGCUGGAGUUGUGAACUGGCUGGCGAACUUUAUCGUCGGCCUCCUCUUCCCUUUCAUUCAGGAGUCUCUUCAGAACUAUGCUUUCUUGGUCUUCGUCUUCGUGUGCGUCUUUGCCGCCAUCUACAUCGUCGUCGUCCUACCAGAGACCAAGAACAAAACCUUCAUGGAGAUCAGUCAGAGUUUUGCCAAGAUCAAUAACAUCCCCCAGCUGGUAGAAGCGGAGAUGGAGGAUGUCCUGGACGUCCAACCAGAAAAAAACAAUACACUGAGCCUGAACGCUGGAACUGUUAACGGUAAACAUUCUGUCGGGAAUCAUGUAGCUAACGGCGAAGUGCAAUCAGAGAGCUGCUUCUGACACGGUUAUAGUUACAUAUAAGUGCAGAAAUAAAUUCUUUACAUAACGAUA